CUUUAAAAAUAGAUGCAGUUGAUGAAAUAUUUAAUAGUUAGCACGAAAUGUGUUGUUUCGUUAUGAUCCUAGAGAGAUAUUUAAAGAUAUCCGUGUUUCCCCCAUUCAAGUAGAGAGGACUUGGUCUUGUCUGCCUCCGGAGGUGUUGAAAAUAAACGCCGACUGAAGUGACUUGUUAUAAAGGGACUUUGGUUUAGUGAGUUUUUAUAACGCAGCCGAGAAGCUUGAACGUGUCGAUUUCAAAUGAAAGUUAAGUCGCAUUAUGUUCCGUCGACCGCUUCACUUUAUGAAACGGAUGGAGGAUGAAACGGCGGAUUCGGGCGCGGAGACUGCGGGAUCUGACUGCAGUAAAAUGUCAUGCAGCGGCAUUAGCCUCAUGACGGUCCCAGAUCAGGAGGCCCUUCCAGUCACCAUGCACUUACUUACCAACCCGGGUGACUCGCUCAUGCUCCAGCACACUCUUGACCGUCUGAUCAAGUGGGUCUGUCCCGCUCUCCGCCUCUUCCACGUGUCCGAACGGGCUUGUCCCCUUCGCGACCGCGCCAGAGCUAACCCGUGCACCGCGGCCGGCCACCCCUCGCACGCGGUCACCCUCUUUCUGCACGAAUCUCACGGAGAAAAGCGUAUUCGCAGGGUCCUGGAGUUCCUGCAGUGUCCACCCUGGCAGUACCAUCAUACAGAGAGCUGCGGAGUGGGCGAGGUGAGCGCCAUUACAUCGCCUUCUCCCUGUCUCUUUCCUAGUCGAGACUUCUACUGCCUGGGCGUGGGGAUGCCGGUGUGGGGAGUGCGGACCGUGCAUUACGGAGACGAGGUGGUGCGGCUCACUUUGCACAGCACCUUUGACAAUUUCGUGGACACUGUGCGCUUGUACGAGACGGUGCUGCAGAGGAGGGCGGAGGAGCAGAAAACAGGUUUCUGCUGGUUCACGCUGUUUACCGAGAGCGGGUUUAGCCUGCAGUUGGCUAUCAAGCAGCUCUCGCCAGGGGUUCGAGUUGAGCCCUGCUAUUCGUCUGUGCUGCAGUUUAGGAUAGGCGAGGUCGGACAGCUAGUGCCCUUGCUGCCCAAUCCCUGCUCACCCAUUAGUGCCACCCGCUGGCAUACUGAAGACCUGGAUGGCAAUAAAAUCCUCUUCCAAGUUGAAUGUCCCGCACAACCCCAGAGGUUCCUCACAUCUGCUUUUCCUCUGAGCUGUCCCACCCUACCGUCCAGAGCUCCACUACUGAGGAACGGUGUAUCCACCAGGAACCCAUUAACCACUCCUGGCAGCAAACUGUCCCAUCUGAAGGAGCGUGCUGUGGGCGCGUGCUCUCUGCCCCCGGAUAAUUCUCCUCGUGGUUUGAGAUUAGCAGCAUGCGGUGCUUCAGAAAGCCCCUGCAGCAGUCCUCCUGGAAGCUCCUGUUACUCUUCCCAGCGCAGCAGCCCGGCCGGCCUCUCCGUUCAUCAGUUUGAGCCAACAAUGGCCUUGGAAACCACCGUGUCCUCUCCUUUGCUGGAAGAGCCGGAGACAGAUGUGGACACAGGCUAUGCUGUAAACCCACUGCCAGAAAGGACAUUAAGGGCUUCUGGUUUGGAGACUCUAGCCAGGGACCUGAAAUACAGCCUGCCUGAGUCUCAAUGUACUCUGACCGCACAAGAGAGCUCAGAGAUGAUGCGGGCAUCACAGUGUCAUAGUGCGCACCAACAUGCGCAAGUAGAUGAGUUCUUUAUCUGACUGUUCUUGUUUAGUGCACAAGGUAAAUAGGUUAAUUUCAGUGGGCCUUAAAAUAGCAUUCAGCAAAUAAAUCACAUUGAGUUAGGGGUGUGCGAUAUGACGAUAUUAGAUCGCGAACGAUUAAAAUGACUGCACGAUCCACUUUUUCGGGAAAAUCGUUAAAUCGUCCUAUAUAGUAGUGUUCUAUAGAAUUCGUCAACAUACUUGCGCCAUGUAAACAAGCUCGUAUACGUUGCUUGUGAAUUCAGUAAGAUUAAGUGACGCGGUCAGUGAAGAUGGAGGGAAACACGGAGGACUUGGUCCCUAAAAAAAUUCUACAUCAGUAAUAAUGAAAUGGUUUGGGUUUUCCCCAACUGACACGGCCCAAACAACAGUUAUUUGCAAAUGUGGCAAUCAUAAGAUUCGAGCGUUGUAAGCAACACAACGAACCUUUUUAACCACCUAAAAAUAAAGGGACUGAAAGAGUAUGCCGACAGUCAAAUUAUAAAGGGA